GCGGCAGGAGAGCGCUGCCUCGGAGCGGCCCCGCGGCCGGGCGAGGAACGCGAGCCCCCUCCGGGCACCAUUAAGAGGAAGGCGAUGGAGGAGCUGAGCGCGGACGAGAUCCGUCGGAGGCGCCUGGCACGGCUGGCAGGAGGCUCCUCGUCCCAGCCCAGCACCCCGCUGACGUCCCCGCAGAGAGAGACGCCUCCGGGGCCGCCGGGCGCAGCCCCCGCGCCGGGCCCCUCGCACAGCCUGGGCCUCGGCGUGCACAGCAUGACCCCAGCUACCUCUCCCAUCGGGGCAUCAGGAGUAGCCCACCGAAGCCAGAGCAGCGAAGGAGUGAGUUCCCUCAGCAGUUCUCCAUCAAACAGCCUUGAAACCCAGUCUCAGUCCCUCUCUCGGUCUCAGAGCAUGGACAUUGAUAGUGUCUCCUGUGAGAAAAGUAUGUCGCAGGUAGAUGUGGAUUCAGGAAUUGAGAACAUGGAGGUUGAUGAGAACGAUCGCAGGGAGAAGCGGAGUCUGACGGACAAGGAGCCUCUGUCAGGGUCAGAAGUGUCGGAGGAACAAGCUCUACAGCUGGUCUGUAAGAUCUUCAGAGUCUCUUGGAAGGACCGAGACAGAGAUGUUAUUUUCCUGAAUUCACUCUCUGCCCAGUUCAAGCAGAACCCAAAGGAAGUGUUUUCAGAUUUUAAGGACUUGAUUGGGCAGAUUUUGAUGGAAGUGCUGAUGAUGUCCACCCAGGCAAGGGAUGAGAACCCCUUUGCCAGCCUGACUGCCACCUCCCAGCCCAUUGCUGCAGCUGCCCGCUCUCCUGACAGAAGCCUCAUCUUAAAUAUGGGCUCCAACCCUGGAAGCAGCCCCAUGUUCUGUAAUGUGGGCUCCUUUGGUUCCAGCUCGUUAUCCAGUCUCUAUGGGACUAGUCCAGCUCCUCCUACCAAUUUCACAAGCUAUGUACCAAUGACUGGUUCAUCUCUUACCCCACCAGCCAGCUCAGUUGCCAGCCCAGCAGUGGCUGGCCUGUCUGUCAGCUCUCAGCUGCCAGCAGGCAGCCCCUGGUGGACACAGCCCUCCUCUCCUCGCUACCGCCCCUACACCGUGGCGCAUUCCGGAGCCUCUGCUGCUGCUGCCACCUCCCGUUCCUUGAGCAUUUCCAUCCCAUCCAGUUCUCCAAGCCCUGCAGCUGUGGCUGCUGGCCCUGCAGCCGUGCCAGCCGUCCCAUCCAGGCACAGGCCCACAGCCAUGGCUCCUCCCUGGUUUCCUGCCUCGCCCGGUGCCUUGCGCAGGCGUCCCUCCUUUCAGAGCAGGACUCCUCCUAGUGUGGGGGGCUCUGGCAGCUCGAGUGUUUCCGAUUCCUGCAGUGACCACUUCACCAUUGAAAACUGUAAGGAGACAGAGAUGCUGAACUACCUCAUUGAGUGUUUCGACAGGGUUGGAAUAGAGGAGAGAAAAGCACCAAAGAUGUGUAGCCAGCCAACAGUUAGCCAGUUACUGAGCAACAUCCGAUCCCAGUGCAUUUCACACGCUGCUUUGGUGCUACAGGGAUCCUUAACACAACCAAGAUCAUUGCAGCAGCAGUCUUUGCUGGUACCAUAUAUGCUGUGUAGGAAUCUCCCAUUUGGCUUCAUUCAAGAAUUGGUGAGAACAACUUACCAGGAUGAAGAGGUGUUCAAACAGAUCUUUAUUCCCAUCUUACAAGGCCUGGCUGUGGCUUCCAAAGAGUGCUCCCUCGAUAGUGACAAUUUUAAAUAUCCCCUUAUGGCACUAUGUGAACUUUGUGAAAUCAAGUUUGGGAAAACACACCCCAUGUGCAGUUUGGUUGUCUCUUUGCCCUUGUGGUUGCCUAAAUCUUUAAGCACAGGUGCAGGAAGAGAACUGCAAAGACUUUCCUACCUUGGAGCCUUCUUCAGUCUGUCUGUCUUUGCUGAAGAUGAUAACAAAGUAGUUGAGAAGUAUUUCUCAGGGCCUGCCAUUACUCUUGAGAACACCCGGGUUGUCAGCCAGUCUCUGCAGCAUUACCUGGAAUUAGCAAGACAAGAGCUGUUCAAGAUCCUGCACAGUAUCCUGCUGAACGGGGACACCCGGGAGGCAGCUCUCAGCUACAUGGCAGCUGUGGUCAAUGCCAACAUGAAGAAGGCCCAAAUGCAGACAGACGAUCGUUUGGUGUCUACAGAUGGCUUCAUGCUCAACUUCCUCUGGGUGCUGCAGCAGCUGAGUACGAAGAUCAAGCUGGAAACGGUUGAUCCCAUGUACAUAUUCCAUCCCAGGUGUCGCAUCGAGCUUCCCACCGAUGAGACCAGAGUGAAAGCAACAAUGGAGGAGGUUGCAGCCUGGACUGCUGAACUUUACAGGGAUCCGUCUCCAUUCUCCGAGCCGAAGUUCCCCACGGAGUGCUUCUUCCUGACGCUGCACGCGCACCACCUGUCCAUCCUGCCCAGCUGCCGCCGCUACAUCCGCCGGCUGCGCGCCAUCCGCGAGCUCAACAGGACUGUUGAAGAUUUGAAAAACAAUGAAAGUCAGUGGAAGGAUUCUCCUCUGGCCACCAGGCAUCGAGAGAUGCUGAAACGGUGCAAGACACAGCUUAAGAAACUGGUGAGGUGCAAGGCUUGUGCAGAUGCUGGUCUGCUGGAUGAAAACUUCCUCAGGAGAUGCCUGAAUUUCUAUGGCAUGGUGAUUCAGCUGAUGCUUCGCAUUCUCGACCCUGCCUAUCCCAACAUAAAAUUGCCUUUAACUCCCGAGGUUCCAAAAGUAUUUGCAUCAUUGCCAGAGUUUUACGUGGAAGAUGUUGCUGAAUUUUUAUUUUUUAUUGUACAAUAUGCUCCUCAGGUGCUGUAUGAGCCCUGUACUCAGGACAUAGUGAUGUUCCUUGUUGUGAUGCUGUGCAACCAGAACUACAUCCGAAAUCCUUAUUUAGUAGCCAAGCUGGUGGAAGUGAUGUUCAUGACAAAUCCAGCUGUUCAGCCCCGGACACAGAAGUUCUUUGAAAUGAUUGAGAAUCAUCCUCUCUCCACUAAACUGUUAGUCCCCUCCUUGAUGAAGUUUUAUACAGAUGUGGAACAUACCGGAGCCACGAGCGAGUUCUAUGACAAGUUUACAAUCCGCUACCACAUCAGCACCAUUUUCAAAAGCCUCUGGCAGAACAUAGCUCACCAUGGUACAUUUAUGGAAGAGUUCAACUCUGGGAAGCAGUUUGUUCGCUACAUCAACAUGCUGAUAAAUGACACAACUUUCUUGCUGGAUGAGAGUCUGGAGUCCCUAAAACGUAUCCAUGAAGUGCAAGAGGAGAUGAAGAAUAAAGAGCAAUGGGACCUGCUGCCCAGGGAGCAGCAGCAGGCGCGGCAGUCGCAGCUGGCCCAGGACGAGCGCGUCUCCCGCUCCUACCUUGCCCUGGCAACAGAAACUGUUGAUAUGUUCCAUAUCCUCACCAAGCAGGUCCAAAAGCCUUUUCUCAGACCUGAACUUGGACCACGACUGGCUGCUAUGCUGAACUUUAACUUACAGCAACUGUGUGGCCCCAAGUGCCGUGACCUGAAAGUUGAAAACCCGGAGAAAUACGGGUUUGAACCAAAGAAGCUGUUGGACCAACUGACUGACAUUUACCUGCAGCUGGAUUGUCCUCGCUUUUAUAAAGCAAUUGCUGAUGAUCAGAGGUCCUACAGUAAAGAGCUCUUUGAGGAGGUUAUCUCCAAGAUGAGGAAGGCUGGAAUCAAGUCUACCAUAGCAAUAGAGAAAUUCAAACUGCUGGCAGAGAGAGUGGAGGAAAUGGUUGCCAAGAACGCCCGUGCAGAGAUUGAUUACAGCGACGCUCCGGAUGAGUUCAGAGACCCCCUGAUGGACACUCUGAUGACUGACCCUGUGAGGCUGCCCUCAGGAACCAUCAUGGACAGGUCCAUCAUCCUGAGGCACCUGCUGAACUCUUCCACGGAUCCCUUCAACCGUCAGACGCUGACAGAAAACAUGCUGGAACCAGUGCCAGAACUUAAAGAGCAAAUCCAAGCCUGGAUGAGAGACAAGCAGAAUGACCAUUGAAAUUCCCUUGCAGUGCACAGCAGCAGAGUGGGCAGAGCAGGGUGUGGCUGCCCUGGCAGGAGUGCAGCAGACACGCCUGGAGCUGCUGUGGCAUUGGCUCGCCCACGGCACUGACUCAAUAGUGACCAGGAGCAUGUGGACGAAGAGACAAGCAGCUUAAUUCUUGUACAUAUAUUUAAAUGAUAACGAUGGUCAAUAACAUGGAGGACAAGCUAGGAAGUUACUUAUGUUACAAAACUGUCCUUCAAUAUGUCACAUUUUGGAGUUUCUACAGCUGAAUUAUUUUAGCAAAGACAAAUGGAUCAGGGCAGCAUCUCUUCAACCUUGUUUUUUACCUCCAGAUAUCCGUUAAUUUGAUUGUGGUUAGAACCUUGGACAUUUUGCUGCUAAAGUAAUUUUUUCUCUUUCCCUUCCUUCCUUUCUUUCUGUUCCACCCAUCAAACCUGCACUGCUGUCUUUUUCUUUUGUAAUGCAAAAAAAUACAAACCCCGUGAAAAUCAAAAUCAUUCCCCUGCCCUUAAAAGAACAUAUUUUGUGCGAUAACUGUGCCUGCAACAAAGUGUUCAUCUUGGGAUCGUAUUUUUAUAUUACACAUAUUUGCCUAUUGGUUUUUAAUUGGUGUUAGACACAAGGAUAAUUUCCAAAAAAGCGAAGACUUCACACGUGGAUUUUAAUUUCCUUUCCUUGAGAUGUCCCUUUCCUUUAUGUUGAUCAAGAUGCUCUGGUACUUGUGAAAAGCCUUGAGAUAGAAAUACGUUUAAACAGCUGCCAUGAAUGAGAUGCCUGGGAAUACCAGGAUUUCAGUGACUUUAAAAAAAAGAAAAUACAUUCUUUCAAUGCUGCAGAUCUAUGCUAACUGACAGUUCUGAGCCAUUGGAGCUUGUCCACAGAGAGCAGAUACUUUCAUCCUUGGAGGCUGCAGUUUGGGGCAGGGGUCAUUUUUUAUGUUGCAUACCAAUUUGUAUCCAUGGCUUGGCCUUACCAAAGCAGAAAGGGUGCAGGAAAUGUAGAAUUACGUUUUUAAAAAAAAAUAAAAAUUCACAAACAUUUUUAUAUUACUGCCCCCUGCAUAUGAUACUUGAAUUUCCUUUUUAAAAAGGAUUUGAAACCACAGCGUUUUAAAAUUAAGUUGGAAAAAAAGGUUGUUUUUCUUUUAUUUGUUUUUUUGCCAUGUCUUCUGUUCAAUUCCUGACUCUCUUGAACUACAAUAAAUGAUACACA